CUCAGUUGAUACCUGAACAACAUCAGCUCACAUUUAGCUGACAGAACCGUCUGUUGAUCAUCACCAUGAAGACUGUCCUGGUCCUCUCCAUUCUCCUCUGUGCUGCGUUUGCAGCUCCACAACCAGACGCAGAGAAAACAAGUAAAGAAAAGGCUCCAGAAGCAGCAGUGGAGGUCCUGCAGGAACAGAUGGUUGCUCAACCUGCACCUGUGUCUGAGGGGGGAGCAGCACCUGAUUCUCGUAAUAACUUCUGUCCAGUGGGUUGGUUCGCCCAUGGCUCUCGCUGCUUCCUGUUCGUCAAUACUCCCAAGACCUGGUACAGUGCUGAGGAGCACUGCAACAACCUGGGUGGCCACCUGGCCUCGGUCACCAACCCCAGAGAGUACAGCUUCCUGCAGCAGAUCUCAGGCGGCUCGAGCACAGCGUGGCUGGGAGGCUUCAACCUGCAGGGCCCAUGGUUGUGGAUUGACCGCGAGGGUUUCUAUUACACCAACUGGUACUCACCUUUGUCCUCCAGCAGCUACCCCUGCAUCUACCUACGAAACAACUAUGGUUGGGGAAACAACAGGUGUAACAUUGCCUAUAACUUCAUCUGUGCCAAGAACCCUUUCGGGUGUUGACGUACAGACUUCACAUCUGAGGCCUUGGGAAGGAUCAGCCUGGAUAGUUUUUCUCUUUGAGGCCAACUUGUGUACUAUGUUUUGUGUUUUACUGAAUUAUACUUUUACUUUUUGUAUUCUUCAAAGUGUGAAAUGAUCAAGUGCUAAGCAACUUUUGUGUUGAUGCAUUUUGAGUUGUGAUCGUAG